UCUGAUUGGGACGCAUUCGCUAAAGAAUUAGACCACAUAGUGCAAUAUAUUCGUCCAGUUUUCGUCAACUAUGAGCACUUCGUUAAGAUUAUUAAGUCAGUAGCAACGAAACAUAUUCCCCGGGGUUUUAGAAAAUCGAAUAUCCCAACUUGGGACAAAGAGUGUAUUGACCUAUUUGAAGAAUUCCAGAUAUCAAGUGAGCAAAGUAUUGCAGACGAGCUAAUAAGAACUUUGAACAUAAAUAGACGCAAGAAGUUGCAAACAACUACUGCUAGCCUAAACUUCACACACUCUAGUAGGACAGCAUGGAACUUAGUAAAGAGGCUAGUUGCGGAGACCUCGAAGACAAACCUAACUGACAAAGUAAGUUCUAACGAUGUUGCAACUAGAUUAAUGAGAGUGGUCAAGAUCAUAAUGGACAAAGAACAAAAAACAGACAUUAAGAAACGCUUACGGUCAAAAAAGAAGGAGAUG